ACCUCCCUUCACUCCGGUCCACAUUUCCCAUCCUCGUGUAGCACAAUGCAACUGGUGUCUUUACUUCCGCUCAUAUUCGCCUUGGCUACAUUUGCUGCCCCUGCGGAAACCAUCGUUGGUCGUAGCUGCCACAAGGAUCUCUCCUUACAUGACCUCGGAGGUCUCCCCGCUCCACAAAUUCCUGUCUCCUUCGUCUUACUCGGCAUUGGAACACAGAACUACACGUGCUCCAGCACUGGUACCUAUGCCUCUGCUGGCGCUGUCGCGAGACUUUUCGAUGUCUCGUGCAUUUCCAACACUGCCAUUUUCCCCGGACUUACCAAACUAGCGUACGGCAUCUGGACCAAAGUGCAUGCAUCAGCUUCUUCUGUGGAUGAGGUCUCUAGCCUCUUGGAGAACGUCGGUGUCAUCUUUGGGGAUCACUACUUUGUUACCAGCCCGACCGGUACUGGUAUAACUCCUAAAUGGGACGCGACGUCAGGAGCUUUCAAAGGGAAUCCAAAUGCCUACAUGCUUGGAGCUAAAGCUGCAGGUGUAUCUGCCCCAACAGGCAGCUCCGAUGUCGAUUGGUUAUACUUGACAAACUCAGGUGGCUCGGUAGGUGGAACGCUCGCAGAUGGGAUCUAUCGAACCAGUACCAACGGUGGUCAACCCCCGGCUUCGUGUACCCCUGGGGAGUCUACCACUGUGAAAUACACUGCAUUUUAUUACCUUACUGGUGGAAGCAUGUAGAAAAUGAUUGGAUGUCUUUUGCAACAUACUACGCGGUCUUAGAUUUCAAUCCGCUGUGUCUGUAUCUAUUUAUUGAUCACCAAGUCAUGCUAUACUACUGCGUAC